AUGUUGCGUUGCGUUAGCGCUGCGGUAGGGUUGCGUAUCGCGUCGCGGCAUCGCGAAUCUCUCAGUUGCAGAGUUGGUAACCGUGAAACGUCAACCAAAGCGGACAAUCUGGAAGUGGCGAAUAAUUCCUCCGUUAGGAAGCGGCAGUCGGUCGCAUCCCAACGGGAUCUUUUCGUCACCAGUGAUAUACCCAAUAAGCGCGUUUGUAAAUCAGCAAAGUCCAAUUCAAGCCCACUCACCGCAACAAUACCGUCAGUCGUAGAACUGAAGAGUGAACAAGUGGUGACCAGGUCAAGUUCGAGAUUAAAGUCGAGGUCAAGCACGAUGGCUGGCAGUUCGUCGAGUAUAUCUCAAGUGGCAACAAAUCCAUCAUCGUCAAAUUCGUCCGGUGCAUCGCAAUCUUCAUCAUUAUCAGUUUCACUGUCACCCAAAGACGAUAGUUUCGUCAAACGUCUGAUCGAAGCCGUCAAAGAGCAGCCAUGUUUAUACAAUCCGAAUCAUGAACACUACGGCAACAAACACUCCUCCGUACAGUAUAAAUCUCGUAUUUGGCAAAAGCUUUGUCAUGAUCUCGGCUACACGGAGGAUGCGCAUUCGUUGCAAAUACAGUGGAAACGAAUACGAGAUCGAUACGUCCGGGAAAGGAGAAAACGUCGAAAUGCUAUCAAUACAGAUAUCAAUGCGAAUCAGGUUUCAUUUUUACAAUUUUGA